CUUCCGGCCCUUCGGCCCUGACACGGAAGAAAAUGCCGCGCGCAUGUCGCUUUUGCGCCACAGCAGUUCCGUCGCAAGACUGCAUUCUCCUGUUAGGGAAGGAGGCAUCUAUGGCCCAUGGAACCUCAAGGAAUUGUCAAAGCUUUUCCUAAACGAAAGAAAUUGAGAGAUGAUGUACAGACAGUGCCUUUAAAGAUUUGGAAAGAAGAAACUAGGAAUCAGCAAGCAGGGUGGCUGGAGCCAAUCACAGCCUAUGUGUUGCAAGCAGGAAUUGGCCAGGCCAGGACUGAGAUCUUCCAUAAGCAAAUCAUCCACAAUGGAGGGCACAUCUGCAGCCAGCUUUCCCCAGAUGUGACACAUGUCAUAGUAGAUGAAGACAUGGAUUUUGAUCGGGCUUUUCGGCUCCUCAAACUCAAAAGGUUACCCCAGGGAUUGCAACUGGUUAAGGCAUCAUGGCUAAGUUCUUGUAUUACAGCACAACAGAUCCUGAACACUACUGGCUAUAGACUCUUCAUCCCAGAGAAAUAUCUGGAUCUGACAAUGGGACACUCACCAGUACUGGAGGAGGAGAAGGUUCAUCCCAAAGAGAAUACAGUUAUGGAACUGAAGGCAGAAUCAAACACUGAGACCAGCUCUUUCUGCAAUACAAGGAUAUUAGAUGAUGAAGAAACUGAAGAGGACAAAAUGGUUAUCACUCUGGAAGAACUGGAAGCACUGAGGUCAGGCCAGGACCUGAACACUUUGUCAGAAGGCUCGUCAGUGUUCCUUUCUCCUGGCAAGUGGGUUUGUGCUCAGUCUUCUGAAAGCAAGAAAAAUAAUCAUAAUCAGUGCAUUACAGAGAAGCUGGAAGUGCUGGCAAAAGCCUAUUCUGUCCAAGGAGACAAGUGGAGAGGUCUAAGCUACUCGAAAGCUAUUAAUGCACUCAAGAGUUACCAUAAACCAGUCACGUCUUAUCAGGAAGCCUGUAGGAUUCCCGGAAUUGGGAAGCAGAUGGCAGAAAAGAUUGUAGAAAUCCUGGAGAGUGGGCAUCUUCGAAAACUUGACCACAUCAAUGACAGUAUCUCAGUGCUAGAAUUAUUUUCCAAUAUAUGGGGAGCAGGAGUAAAGACUAGCCAGAUGUGGUACCAGCAGGGCUUUCGCACUCUGGAUGACAUCCGCACUAGGGCCUCCCUCACCAGCCAGCAGGUUAUUGGCCUGAAGUACUAUGAGGACUUCUUGGAACGCAUGCCACGACAAGAAGCUGCUGAAAUUGAACAGACUGUUAGAGAAGCAGCGCAGUCUCUUAUAUCUGAACUAGUGUGUGUAGCAUGUGGCUCCUUCCGGCGUGGAAAAUCCACUUGUGGGGAUGUGGAUGUGCUGGUGACUCAUCCUGAUGGACGCUCCCACCAAGGAGUAUUCAACAAACUGCUCAACAUCCUUCAUAAAAGUGGCUUUCUCACAGAUGACUUGGUGAAUCAGGAAGACAAUAGAAGCCAGAAGAAGUAUUUAGGAGUCUGCCGUUUGCCAGGCCCAGACAGGCACCACAGGCGCAUUGACAUCAUUGUGGUGCCCUACGGAGAGUUUGCCUGUGCUCUGCUGUACUUCACAGGCUCAGCCCACUUCAAUCGCUCCAUGCGAGCACUGGCCAGGACUAAAGGCAUGAGUCUGUCAGAGCAUGCACUUUGCAGUGGUGUAGUGCGGGGACCAGAUGGCCUCAGAACUGUCUCUGGGAUUGUCCUGUCUACUCCCACUGAGAAGGAUGUAUUUGCACAUCUGGGGUUACCUUACCGGGAGCCACAUGAGAGGGACUGGUAAAGGGAAGAAAGGAUGCAGCCUCAGUCAGCUACAGGGAGAUAUGGGGACCUGCAUGAGAUCUUUAAGGAGGCACUGGUAUACCCCCUCCUCAGGAAACCAUCACUGGACCCUACUAUAUUUUCUCCCUGUCUCCCACCUUCCCUUUUUGGGAAGGGUGGUUGAGAAGGUGGUUGCAUUGCAGCUCCAGAGAAUUCUGGAGGAAAUGGAUUAUCUGGACCCCUUUCAGGCCAGGAUAUGGGACAGAGACCGCAUCGGUCACACUUAUGGAUGAUCUCUGGCGGGAGCGGGAUGGAGGGAGUGCAUCCAUCCUGGCUCUCUUGGAUCUCUCAGCAGCUUUCGAUACCAUCGACCAUGGUAUCCUUUUGGGGCGGCUCAGGGGGUUGGGGGUGGGCAGUGUAGUUUUGCGCUGGUUCACCUCCUUCCUCCAGGGCUGUUCCCAAUCGGUGGUGAUAGAGGAGAGAUCCGGCCCUCGACCCCUCCAUUGUGGGGUGCUGCAGGGUUCGGUUCUCUCUCCUCUCCUAUUUAACACCUACAUGAAACCACUGGGUAAGAUCAUCUGUCACCAUGGGAUGAGGUAUCAUCAAUAUGCUGAUGAUACUCAGUUAUUUAUCUCCAUCCUGGGUGAAGUAAGUGAUGCGGUCUCCACCCUUUCCAAGUGCCUGGGGGCUGUGGGGGUCUGGAUGGGGAACAACAGGCUUCAACUGAACCCUGGUAAGACAGAGUGGCUGUGGAUUGACAGCCCCUCGGGUUCCAGGAAGUUGUCUUCUUUGGUUCUGGAUGGGGUGGCACUUCCCCAUUCGGAACCAGUGUGGAAUCUGGGGGUCCUCCUGGACUCGUGACUCCUGCUGGAAGAGCAGGUGGCAGUCGCGGCCAGGAGGGCUUUUGCACAUCUUUGGGUGGUACGCCAGCUACGCCCAUUCCUGGACCGAGAUGCCCUCCGAACAGUCACUCAUGCCCUUGUCAUCUCCCAUAUAGACUACUGCAACGCUCUCUACAUGGAGCUACCCUUGAAGAGUAUCCAGAAGCUUCAGCUUGUUCAGAAUGCAGCUGCGCGGACAGUUACCAGUGCUGUAAAAUCAGCCCAUGUGAUACCACUGUUAAGCGAGCUGCAUUGGGUACCAGUUUGCUUCCGGGUCCAAUUCAAGGUGUUGGUUAUCACCUUUAAAGCCCUACAUGGCAUGGGACCAGGGUACCUGAGGGACCGUCUCAUCCCCAUAACAUCGACCCGCCCCACCCGGUCAGGCAGGGAGGGCAUGCUACGGACCCCAUCAGCAAAGGAAUUACAUCUAGCGGGGUCCAGGAGGCGAGCCUUCUCUGCAGUGGCGCCCACCCUUUGGAAUAUCUUGCCCCCGGAGUUGAGACGGGUCUCUUCACUCUUGGACUUCCGGAAGAAACUGAAGACCUGGUUCUGCCACCUUGCUUGGGAGGGGGAGAGUGACAGCUCCACCUGGGCAUGGCUGGCGCCAUAGCACCCCUUAGUGAUUGUGUUCCAUCUCCACUUGGAUUUUAUAUUUAUUUUAUAUUUAUAUUUUUAAUGGUAAAUUAGGUGGAUAUGUUUUUAAUAUUAUUUUAUUGUAAACCGCCCAGAGUCCCCCAUUGGGGGAGAUGGGCGGUGACAUAAAUUUAAAUAUCUAUAUCUAUAUCUAUCUAUCUUUAAACAUACUGUAUACAAUUUGCUCGUUUUCCUUGAAACCUAUUUGUGGAGACUAAACAUAGGACUUUGGUGAGCAGCUGAUUUUUUUCCCACUGACUGAAAAAUUAACUCAGUGAGCAGUUAUCAAUGAACGAGACACUGUGAUUAUAAAGCAUUUUGCACAUUAAAAAACCAAUUAAUAAGUCUACUAAGGGUAAAUGGGAAAUUUACAGAAUUGAAAUAAUUUUAAAAACAUGAUUUGCAGGGUUACUAUCCAUACAAUAUUUUGAAGAUUUCCUAUGGGAAAGACCACUUCAUAAGUCUGUAUAUAUAUUGAAGGGAUUUUGAGAAUCUAUUUCAAAAAUUUUGGAAUAUUGUAUGUCUCUUGAAAAGAGCUGGCUGGAGGACUUUGGGCCAAUUACAUUCUCUCAGCCUAAUUCAACUCACAGGGUUGUUGUAGGGAAAAUAGGAGGCAGGAGCAUGAUGUGCACCAUCCUGAGUUACACAAAAUGUUGCUGGGCUGGAAGGACAGGGCUUCCUCUUUUUCUCACCGAGUUUGCUUUCUUGCAGGCUGCUAGAAAUCUGAUCAUUUGCAGAAGACUUUUGAAAUUAGGCUGAGGGUUGCAUGAAAUUAGGCCAAGGAUCAUAUAUGGUUCUGGAGCUGCACUUGAUCUAUGGGAAAGAAUUUAAAUUGAUUCAUUAUUUGCACUUGGAGAUAACUCUUACGAAUUACGUUAUGUUCUGUAUUAAGGAAUAUAUUUAAAAAGUUCUUCAAAUAGUAGUAAAUAUCACCACUGACAUAGAUGUCUGUAUUUGCAGAGUACAUAUUAACCAUAGAGACUGGUGUGGUUCUAGAGUUUGGAACUUUAGUCAGUGCUUCCUUGAGGAUACCAGACUAAAUGAAGUGAAAACGCUGCAGGAGGAUAGGUUUUUGCUUGUCUGAUUAGGUAAUUUCUUAGCAUCAAGAAAAAUGGCAGAAAUUUACAGGUAGUCCUCAUUUAGAGGCCACAAUUGGGACUGGCAACUCAGUUGUUAAGCAAAGCAGUCACUAAGUGAAACCAUGAUUGUGCUUAUGAUCUUACUUCAGCUUUCCUUUGCUUUACUGACCUGCAAAGGUUUAAAUGUGAGGAUUGGUUGCAAAGUUACUUUUUCAUCACUGUUGUAAUUGUGAAUGAUCACUGUCUGAGGCAGUCACUAAAUGAGGACAGCCUGUAUUUCUCUGAUCAUUAAACAGAGACAGAACAACUAUGUUUUAGAUUCGGCUUCCUAAAUUCUCUGCCAAAUAGACUCAUUAUAUGUUAAUUAUAGGUACGUAAAUUAGCUGGGUGCUGGAUCCAGCUCCUGAGAAAUUCUAUCUAGACAUACAUAGAACUGUGAUUUCCUAAGGUAUUGCCUGUAGAAUACCUUAAGGUAUUGCCUGUAGAAUACCUGGCUUCAUUGCUUUCUGGACUAGAAACUUGCUCUUUCCUUUUCUAUUUUUUUAAAAUAGUAUUACAGUUCUCCAAUUCUCCUCAGUACCAUUUCUUUUUUCUUUAUAGUUUGAUUAGGAUGGAAACAGCCAAAACAUGUGUUAUCUUGAAUAAACACAAUUUCAUAGUACUUGAGGAAAUUGCACCAUUCUGAGUGACAGUGGCAAUCCAGAAUCUUAUGCAGUUGAUUUUUUCAUUACAUGCUGUUUGAUGAAGGUUGAGGACUAUGAGUAUAAAAUAUGCUAUUUCAUUGAGAAGUGACCACUCCCUAGUUUCCAUGUUAGGGCAAAAGCUUGAACUAAUUGUCUUUUCCAGUAUCUUGCCAUUCUGUUUUUAUGUUAAGUCCAGCCUUUUGACUUUAGAGACUCCUAGAAAAUUUCUUUGUAUUUAAUUCAAUGUAACAUGAGAACUUUAAAGGGAGGAGGGGGGCAGGGAUUAUCAACUAAAAACUGCACGUUAACUAUGAGUAGUAAACUUUCAAGUAUGUUGUAUAUUGCUGUUGCCAUUGAAAGGAUUUUGAAAAAGACAGGUGCAAAGAGUGGAAAGCUUAGAAGUUUGACAGGUACACCCUGCUUAGUUUGGCAAAAAGACUGAAAGGGGGGUUGAGUUGCUUGUCAAAUAUAUUCUCUUCUCAGGUUUGACCAAGAGUCUCUUGGAAGAUGAAAAACAAGAGCUUUUACGCUGCAGUUACACUAAUUCCAAUUACUACUACUUUGCAACUGGUUACUAUGGGUGAGCCAACUGAGGACUGAUGGUACUGGUGAUAAUUGGAAAGGUAGCCUGCUUUUGAAGGGUUUGCUCUCUGAGUUGUGGUAGUGAUACUUUUUAGGAGACAACCUCAGUUGAAUGUAUUGGUUAUUGUGGGAAUUGGAAGACAAUUCUUGACUCAUCCCAAGGUAAGAUUCAGUGAUCUCAUUGAAGGUAAUAUUUUCGCUCUCUUCCUUACCCCUUCUCUCUUGAUCUGGGUUCAGAAGGAAUAACUCAUGUCCUACCCUUUGUGCUGGUGGCAGGGAGCCACAAUUCACACCCAGGUACUAACAAUAGCUCUAAAUCAUCAAAGCUUCUAAGCUCCUGCAGUGAAUGAUUUUACAAAUAACUGGGAUCAGCAGUUGGGCAACCAGGUGGUAAGUCAAAUGAAGGGUCGGGGCCAGUGGCCUGCUUACAGCUUUCCUAGACUUCAGUGAAGCCUCUGCCCUCUAUUUUAUGAGGGGUCUCAAUUUAACUCUGUUGGCUGUAAUCUUCUUUUAUAAUGGAUUUUUGUUUGCAAGAGAUUUGGCCUGGAUUCUGUGAGAAAAUUCACAGUGCUAGAUCACACAUAGUUGUCAAGUAAUUAGCCACUAGUUGCAUUUUCACUGUACCAUUGAUUUUUUUCUCCUUAAGCUAUAAAAUCUACUCUAGAAUAGUCUCAUUAGCUUUAUCCCAAAAAGUGUAGCUAGUGCGUCUUCCUAGAAUGCUAGGCCUAGAGUUCAGAUUUUCCACUUAGCCACGAAAUUCACUGAAUAAUUUUGUUCAAUUACCAUCUCAGUCAAACCAUACAGGGUUGUUAUGUGGCUCUUCUAAUACACACUAUGAUAUCCUGCCUUGAGCAAGAUGAUAUGUACCAAUAAAAAUUUACAUUUACCCUUCACACUAUUGUGUCCCAGAAGGCUCCAUUUUGUUCCCUCUGCUGUUCAGUAUUCGCAUGAAAACUCAGAGAAGUUAUCCUGAACUUUACAUUGAGGUGCCAUCAGUAUAGUCUUAGCCCCACUGCUCCUUGCCAUCUCACUCCAAGGUAUUAGCCAACUUUCUGAAUUUGUAUACUUCACUGAAUCAUAAACUAACCAAACAGACUAAGUUUGUCUAACUCACUAAGGCACAAGGAACAACACUGACAACCAGGGCUUCUGUAAAUGCUGUCACUAGGUCUUUAAUCUGGUUAAACAUUGCGCAAAUGCAGCCAAGCACUGGUGGUGGUGAGGAGCGAAGCAGUGGCUCCACUGCAGAGGAAGAGAGGGGAACAUCAUUUUGCAUCUGGCAACAAGGAGGACGUUGUUUUACCAGUGGGCUGUUCUGCCAUUGCUUU